UCAUCCCGGAGACCGAAAAAAGCAGGAGACGGUGGGUGGAGUACAGGAAGAGCUGCUGUCCCCGAAAAUCUCUCCGAUCAUGGGCGAAAUCUAACAAUCCGUCGACCACCGCUGCUUUUUCCUCCUCCUUCUCCGGACCAGAGGCUGCGGACGUUUGUGCUCCUUUUUUUUUCUGGAUCGAAUCGGGGGUUGAACCGAACAUCGAAGAGAAGAUGUCUCGGGGAGUGAUCCAGCCCAGCCAGCAGAAGCUGGCUGAAAAGCUCACCAUCCUCAACGACAGAGGCAUCGGGAUGUUGACCCGAGUUUACAAUAUCAAAAAGGCAUGUGGCGACCCGAAGGCCAAGCCCUCCUACCUGGUCGAUAAGAACCUGGAGUCUGCAGUUAAAUUCAUCGUCAGGAAGUUUCCCGCCGUGGAGACGCGGAACAAUAACCAACAGCUGGCUCAGCUGCAGAAGGAGAAGUCAGAGAUUCUGAAGAACUUGGCUCUCUACUACUUUACCUUCGUAGAUGUCAUGGAAUUCAAGGAUCACGUCUGUGAGCUGCUCAACACCAUCGACGCCUGCCAGGUCUUCUUUGAUAUCACGGUGAACUUCGACCUGACCAGGAACUACCUGGACCUGGUGGUGACGUACACGACCCUGAUGAUCAUUCUGUCUCGCAUCGAGGAGAGGAAGGCCAUCAUCGGCCUGUACAACUACGCCCACGAGAUGACGCACGGCGCCAGUGACAGGGAAUACCCGAGGCUGGGCCAGAUGAUCGUGGAUUACGAGAACCCUUUGAAGAAGAUGAUGGAGGAGUUCGUCCCACAUGGAAAGUCGCUAUCAGACGCUCUGAUCAGCCUUCAGAUGGUUUAUCCCCGGAGGAAUCUGUCUGCUGACCAGUGGAGGAACGCCCAGCUGCUGUCGCUCAUCUCCGCUCCCUCCACCAUGCUCAACCCCGCCCAGUCGGACACGAUGCCGUGUGAAUACCUGUCGCUGGACACGAUGGAGAAGUGGAUUGUCUUCGGCUUCAUCUUGUGCCACGCGGUGCUGAACAGCGACGCGACGGCUCUGUCGUUGUGGAAGCUGGCGCUGCAGAGCUCCACCUGCCUCUGUCUGUUCAGGGACGAAGUCUUCCACAUCCACAAGGCCGCCGAGGACCUGUUCGUGAACAUCAGAGGAUACAACAAACGCAUCAACGACAUCAGGGAGUGCAAAGAACAGGCCUUGUCUCACGCAGGCUCCAUGCACCGAGAGAGACGCAAGUUCCUCAGAUCGGCUCUGAAGGAGCUGGCGACCGUUUUAGCCGACCAGCCCGGACUGCUGGGUCCAAAGGCGCUGUUCGUGUUCAUGGCGCUGUCGUUCGCCCGUGACGAGAUCAUCUGGCUGCUGCGACACGCAGACAACAUCCAGAAGAAAAGCACAGAUGACUUCAUCGACAAACACAUAGCGGAGCUGAUCUUCUACAUGGAGGAGCUCAGAGCUCAUGUCAGGAAGUACGGCCCUGUGAUGCAGCGAUACUACGUCCAGUACCUGUCCGGGUUCGAUGCUGUGGUGCUGAAUGAGCUGGUGCAGAACCUGUCUGUGUGUCCAGAGGAUGAAUCUAUAAUCAUGUCUUCAUUUGUCAACACGAUGACGUCCCUCAGUGUCAAACAAGUGGAGGACGGAGAGGUGUUUGACUUCAGAGGGAUGAGGCUGGACUGGUUCAGGCUACAGGCGUACACCAGCGUCUCUAAAGCCAGCCUCGGCAUCGCCGAUCACAAGGAGCUCGGAAAGAUGAUGAACACUAUCAUCUUCCACACAAAGAUGGUGGACUCGCUGGUGGAGAUGCUGGUGGAGACGUCGGACUUGUCCAUUUUCUGUUUCUACAGCCGAGCGUUUGAGAAGAUGUUUCAGCAGUGCUUGGAGCUUCCAUCGCAGAGCCGACACUCCAUCUGCUUCCCUCUGCUCUGCACACACUUCAUGUCCUGCACACACGAGCUCUGUCCCGAGGAGCGCCACCACAUAGGAGAUCGAAGCCUGUCGUUGUGUAACAUGUUCCUGGAUGAAAUGGCCAAACAGGCCAGAAACCUGAUCACCGACAUCUGCACCGAGCAGUGUACACUCAGCGACCAGCUGCUUCCGAAACACUGCGCCAAAACCAUCAGCCAGGCCGUGAACAAGAAGAGCAAGAAGGCGACGGGGAAGAAAGGCGAGCCGGAGAGGGAGAAGCCGGGCGUGGAGAGCAUGAGGAAGAACAGACUACUGGUCACCAAUCUGGAUAAACUCCACACAGCGUUGUCCGAACUCUGCUUCUCCAUCAACUACGUUCCCAACCUGGUGGUGUGGGAGCACACGUUCACGCCGAGGGAGUACCUCACCUCGCACCUGGAGAUCCGAUUCACCAAGUCCAUAGUGGGGAUGACCAUGUACAACCAGGCCACCCAGGAAAUAGCCAAGCCCAGCGAGCUGCUGACCAGCGUCCGAGCCUACAUGACGGUGCUGCAGUCCAUAGAGAACUACGUCACCAUCGACAUCACCCGAGUCUUCAACAACGUGCUGCUGCAGCAGACGCAGCACCUGGACAGCCACGGGGAGCCCACCAUCACCAGCCUUUACACCAACUGGUACUUGGAAACGUUGCUCCGUCAGGUCAGCAACGGACACAUCGCCUACUUUCCCGCCAUGAAGGCCUUCGUUAACCUGCCCACGGAGAACGAGCUGACUUUCAACGCCGAGGAAUACUCAGACAUCUCCGAGAUGCGCUCUCUGUCGGAGCUGCUGGGGCCGUACGGGAUGAAGUUUCUCAGUGAGAGCCUGAUGUGGCACAUUUCAUCUCAGGUCGCUGAGCUGAAGAAACUGGUGGUGGAGAACAUGGAGGUGCUGACCCAGAUGAGGACGAGCUUCGACAAACCGGACCACAUGGCCGCGCUCUUCAAGAAACUCACAUCCGUGGACAGUGUUUUGAAGAGGAUGACCAUCAUCGGCGUCAUCCUGUCUUUCCGCUCUCUGGCUCAGGAGGCUCUGAGAGACGUGUUGUCCUGUCAUAUUCCCUUCCUGGUCAGUUCAGUGGAGGACUUCAAGGAUCACAUCCCCCGAGAGACGGACAUGAAGGUGGCCAUGAAUGUUUACGAGCUGUCGUCGGCAGCGGGGUUGCCCUGCGAGAUCGACCCGGCGCUGGUGGUCGCUCUGUCCUCUCAGAAGAGCGAGAACAUCAGCCCAGAGGAGGAGUACAAGAUCGCCUGCCUGCUGAUGGUGUUUGUGGCCGUUUCCUUGCCGACGCUCGCCAGCAACGUGAUGUCGCAGUACAGCCCCGCCAUCGAAGGCCACUGUAACAACAUCCACUGCCUGGCCAAAGCCAUCAACCAGAUCGCUGCUGCUCUCUUCACCAUCCACAAGGGAAGCAUAGAGGACCGUCUGAAGGAGUUCCUGGCUCUGGCGUCGUCCAGCCUGCUGAAGAUCGGUCAGGAGACGGACAAGAUGACGACACGUAACAGAGAAUCUGUGUAUCUGCUGCUGGACAUGAUUGUGCAGGAGUCUCCCUUCCUGACCAUGGAUCUGCUGGAGUCCUGCUUUCCCUAUGUCCUGCUGCGAAACGCCUACCACGCCGUCUACAAACAGAGCAUCAGCGCCAACGCAUAGAUACACACACACACACUACAUCAGCGCUCGUGUGUCGCACAGCAAACGCACACUACCGGCAUUACACUAAAACAAAACAAACUAAACACACUAAACUAUGCCUACAACGCCUCAACGUACCAUCUGACGACAAGCAGCGUCGGCGGCGACACGCCGACACACUAAACGCGUAGCAUUUAAACUCAAAAUCCAGAACAAAUGCACUAAACAGAGCUCAACAGAAAAACACAGACGUGAACAAACACAGACACACACUAGCUGGACGAAGUUGGGGGAUCAGUGUCUUUACUUUAAUCAUUGUACCUUUUCCAUGAUGUUGCCAGGGACCAUAACCAUAGCAACACAUUAAUAUACAAGAUGUUUGGUUGGUAUAAAAGAACAAAAAUAUAAAUAUAUAGUAUAUAUAUAGUUGACACUAAUUUUCUUUUUCUUUUUCUUUUCUUUAUUUUUUUUUUCCAAUGAAAGUUUUGAGACUUUUGGUGGCCAGCUGACUAUGUGGUGAUGGAUUUGGAUGCUUACUUUGGGAAUGAUUCUGAUGUGAUGUUGGGUUUUGGGCUGAGGAUUCCUGUGUUGAUACUGAGAGACAUGUUGCUCGUUCAUGUAAGUUUAUAUCCAGACACUGACGGACAAACACACACACACACACACACACACACACAGGCAGACACACACACACACACACUUGUAUAACAUGGUGAUGUUUUCUUUCUUUUUUUCUAGCUAGUCGUAACAUGAGCUUUUUGUGGGUAAAGAUAUAAUAUCUGUAUUCUACUUUGAUGUGAACUGAACUUGUCUGUUUUUAAUGUUUAUGUUUUGUUAUUUUUAUGACGAUUUGCCAAAUGUGUCGACACUAAAACAAACAAACAAACAAAAAAAAACAAGCGGUUGUGUAUCAGGGCUUGGAAGCGGUGGAGUGUUUGGGUGUUAACGGGGUGAUUUAGACGCUGAUUCUGCAGCAGCUCAGACAAUAACGGUCAAACGAGAACUUUUACAGCUAAACCUGCAGAUUUCCUCCUUCAGCUGCUGUCGGCCAACUCUCCCCAUCAGGUGAAGCUCCAGUAGGCGCCACAGAAACAAACCUAAUUUAUGUGAUCUUUAAUCUUCAGUUCUAUCAACUUGUUCUUUCUCACCUGUAAAUUGGAGGUUCAGCAGCUGUGGAGAGUUUGACCAUCGACACUCCUUCGUUAGAUUAAGAAAAAAAAACAUCUUUAACUUUAAUAGGAAGUAAAUUAAACCAAGCCACUUAAUCCUGAUCGAUCUCAGACCUGCGAACGUCUGCAAAAACAAAACAAACCUGGAGCUGCAAUAAGACAGAAGAUAAAUAUAUAUAUAUGUAAACACUCUUGGUGAUGUUUUCAGUGAUGCGGGGGGGAAACAAUCCACCGAUGGACUUUUUAUUUUUCUCCCACGUUUCUGUUUGACGGUUGUGCGGGACCUUUUCAAAGGACAGACGGACAACUUUUACAAAGUGCAGUCUGGUUUCUUUUUUUUUUAUUUCUGAGACUUGGCGAAGGGCGGCGUACCGAGACACGACCACCGGCCCUCCGAUCAUGUGUUACUAACACCAGGGUUCUGUCUCCGAGCUCAUCCUGCACACGGCUCCGGCUGCUCAAAGUUAAAGUUGUGGCCACAGCCGGAGGUGAGAGGGCGUUCACAGGAGUCUGGUGAACACACUCCACAGUGGAAGUGGUUUUCCUGCAGCCCGUCGUGUGCGUCGUGACCAGACGGAGACAGAACCGUGGACACGUUCUGCCAUUUGACGUGGAAUGAUUGCUGUUUCCUUUCUAACCUCCUUUUUGUGUCUCUGAUUCCACCGUGUAACUUAAAAUGACAUGAAUAAAAUAAACUUUAGGGCUGUGUCAGA